UCUCCGGAGUCGGUGCGGACUCGACGCGCUCCCUCGGGGCCAGGCUGUGCGCUUCCCGGAUCCGACCGGAGCCACCGCGCGCUCUCGAGAUGGACUUGAUGGAGAGGGAGGUCACGGACAAGCUGGAAGACAGGGCAUCCGUGUACGACUUCGACCCCAUCACCGGCAACAUACCCGCCACCAAGGUGGAAGUCACCGUCUCCUGCAGAAAUCUUCUGGAUAAAGACACAUUCUCCAAGUCAGAUCCAUUGUGUGUCCUCUAUACACAAGGUGUGGAAACCAAACAGUGGAGAGAGUUUGGCAGGACUGAAGUGAUAGACAAUACCCUGAACCCCGAUUUUGUUCGGAAGUACAUCUUGGACUACUUUUUUGAAGAAAAGCAGAGCCUUCGGUUUGACUUAGGGAUCCCAGGGAAGAAAUGUGGCACUAUCAUCCUAUCUGCAGAGGAACUGAGCAACUGCAGAGACAGCGCCACUAUGCAGUUCUGUGCCAAUAAACUGGACAAGAAGGACUUCUUCGGGAAAUCAGACCCGUUCAUGGUUUUCUACAGAAGCAAUGAAGAUGGAACGUUUACGAUCUGCCAUAAAACAGAGGUGGUGAAGAACACAUUAAACCCAGUGUGGCAGCCAUUUACCAUUCCUGUCCGAGCGCUCUGCAAUGGCGACUAUGACAGAACAAUCAAAGUGGAGGUGUAUGAUUGGGAUAGAGACGGCGGCCAUGACUUCAUUGGGGACUUCACCACCAGCUACCGAGAGUUAGCUCGAGGGCAGAGCCAGUUCAAUGUGUACGAGGUUAUAAAUAACAAGAAGAAAAUGAAGAAAAAGAAAUAUGUCAACUCUGGAACUGUGACCUUGCUCUCAUUCUCUGUUGAGUCGGAGUUCACAUUCUUAGAUUACAUCAAAGGAGGGACGCAGAUCAAUUUCACUGUGGCUAUUGAUUUCACAGCAUCUAACGGUAACCCCUCUCAGUCCACCUCACUCCACUACAUGAACCCCUACCAGCUGAACGCCUAUGCCAUGGCACUUAAAGCUGUUGGGGAGAUCAUUCAGGAUUAUGACAGUGAUAAGAUGUUUCCGGCUCUUGGCUUUGGGGCCAAACUCCCCCCCGACGGACGAGUGUCACACGAGUUUCCACUGAAUGAAAACAUGGAGAAUCCUUACUGCAAUGGUAUAGAGGGCAUCUUAGAAGCGUACCACCGGAGUCUGAAGACAGUACAACUGUAUGGUCCAACCAACUUUGCACCAGUGGUGAACCAUGUUGCAAGGUAUGCAGCAUCAGUGCAAGACGGCUCCCAGUACCUUGUGCUCCUCAUAAUUACAGAUGGAGUCAUAUCUGACAUGGCUCAGACCAAAGAGGCCAUUGUUAAUGGUGCGAAGCUUCCAAUGUCCAUCAUCAUCGUCGGAGUGGGUCAGGCUGAAUUUGACGCUAUGGUGGAGUUGGAUGGUGAUGACAUUCGGGUCUCUUCCCGAGGGAAACUUGCAGAGAGAGACAUUGUCCAGUUUGUUCCCUUCAGAGAUUAUAUGGACCGGACAGGUAACCAUGUGCUGAGCAUGGCCCGGCUGGCUAAAGACGUGCUAGCAGAGAUCCCCGACCAGUUGAUUUCCUACAUGAAGAGUCGGGGGAUUAAACCUAAGCCGGCCCCGCCACCUUACACGCUACCCGGACUCACACAUCACCACACACACAUCUGACCAGAUGGCGUUUUAUUGAUGACUGACAGCGUGAAGCAGUCAUCUCCAUCAGGUUGCAUUUUCUUGAGGAGAGGAUGCAAACUUUCCAGGACCCGUUGGCAAAAAGUAUUUUUUAACCAGAACUGCGGCAAAGACUGUUUCACGUCAAAACGGACAGCAGGUCAGUUGAACAAGAUGAUCAUGUCGUGGUUAAAACUUUUGCCUGUCUGUGCUUGUUUCUCACAGUGUUUCAGGUGGUGAACUUUGACCUAAAGCACUGCUUGUCAGUUUUUGGUGUGGCCUAGUACGUUCAUAUUUUCAGGCAACAUUUUUUGUCUGGAAUUAGUUUUUAUAUUUGGAGAUUAUCUCCCUAUUUACUUAAUGAUGUAUCAAGACUGAUUAAGGAAAAAUACGUGUGUCGUUUACAAUUUGAUUUCUUCAAACAUCAAUCAGGUAUUUCAUACCAUUAGACAUUGCCUUUCUCUUACUUAACUUCAUAAGAGCAUGUUGUUCAAGAGUCCCCUUAUUUAGAAUUUACUGUCAAAUAUUAUUCAGAGUGGCAUGGAAUUUGAUGAAACUUGAGAAAAGCAUAACCUAUUUUUAUUUGAUUUCCAUGUAAACAGCAGAAGAUGAUUUUCUAUAAGAAUGGUUGCACGUGUAUCCUUAUACAUGAAUAUAUUUUAUUAAAAAUAACAUAAUAAAUAUAAUGCAUAUUUAUUGAUAUAUAGUUUUUAAGCAUGGUCAAUAUUCUCUUUCAGCACCCUUUUUCUUUUCUUACAGUUCUGCACUGUUAAGAUCAUAUUUGCUUGUUACGAUUUGUUGGCAUGCCACAAGCAUUAAAAGUACAAACUUUUUUUUUUACUUAGAUUCAAACCAUUCUGUGUUGAUAGUAUAUGUUGGUAAAGACUGAUUCUUCGGGGUUACUUGGCCAGUAUUGUGGUACCUUUUUUUUAAUUUUAUUUUUUAUUUUAUUUUGGGCACCUCUCUUUAGUUUUGAUGUCUAUAUCUACUGGAUGUAGAGUUGCAAGGGGCAGAAAUUUUCUGGUAAGUGUUGGAACCUCUAAAGUCCACCACAGUCCAUGCAAAACAGAUCUCUGGUUUGUUCACAUCUUGAAACAAUUUUCCUAUGGGAAAUGAAAAUUAAAUUAAUCAGUCACAGGGUCAAAAUGACACCACUGGCUGUUAAGCAGCUCAUUGUUCGAUGUACAUUAUGUUUGUCGUCUUUUUAUUAUUAUUGUCAGCCUUAUGUAACUUUAGCCAUAUUGAACUCAGAGCAAGGAUAGAGACGUGCGUAGGUUCAUCAUUGCUAUGCUACUUUUACAUUGCAAUACGUUCCAUUACCAGUUCUAUCACACAGUUCCUCUUUGACAUCACUGGUACCCAUCCAUCACAAAAAGGCCAAAGAAAAAGCAAAACACUUUUUUGUAGAUCCUUUAGAUGCUCACUGAGCUGAAGUCAACAAUAUAACAUCAAGUCACGUGAGAUUUGCUGAAGUCCCAUGCGAUGCUUAAUGAAGGUUCUUCUGAGUUUUUUGUGCAACUUUAGAGCCAUUGUUUUCCUGAAUUG